AUGGUAAAGCGAAAAGCAAGCCAGCUCGAGACCGCGCCGGACUCUACUAGUCUAAGAAGAUCGACGCGUCGCAAACCAGCAGCUCCAGAUCUGGCGACCGAAGCUUCUGAGAACAAGUUGACAGAAGAGAGCACGACUCAACGCCCCAAAAUAGACCAGAAGAAGGUUUCUAAGAAGUUACCUAAAAUAAAGACAUCUCCAGAAAAUCCAAAAUCAAAGAAGGCGAAGAGUGCCACGCAGCCAAGUACAGCCACAAAGUCCGAGGCAGAUGAGAAGCUCGACUCUUCGGAAAGGUCGUAUUGGCUCUUAAAAGCUGAGCCCGAGUCACGAUUUGAAAAUGGUGUUGACGUCAAAUUCUCCAUUGAUGAUUUGGCGUCGCGAACAGAACCUGAACCCUGGGAUGGGAUUCGUAAUUAUGCCGCCCGGAAUAACCUCCGGGCUAUGAAGAAAGGCGACGUAGCUUUCUUCUACCACUCUAAUUGUAAGGAGCCGGGCAUCGUGGGUACUAUGGAGAUCGUGCAAGAACAUUCUCCAGACUUAUCGGCACAUGACCCUAAGGCACCAUACUACGACGCUUCUUCCAAACUCGAUAACCCGAAAUGGAGCGUCGUACAUGUCAAGUUUCGCAGUAAGUUCAACAAGCAGAUUGGACUGAAGGAACUUCGUGAGAUGGGCCAGUCAGGUCAACCGCUUGAGAAUAUGCAGAUGCUGAAACAGAGCCGGCUAAGCGUGAGCCGUGUGAGCGCUUCUGAAUUCGAGUAUUUAAUAGAUGUAGUGAAGCAGCGAGGCGGCGAAAUUUAA